AUGUCGCUGAUCACCGACAACCUCACCCAAGCGCUCUGGGAGAAGGCGCAGGCCCAGCCUACCAACGAGUGGGCCUCUGCCAAUGUCUGGUCGCAGCUGUGGAACAAGGAACUCUUCACAGGCAAGGAUUGGGGUGUGGCGCCAGGAAUUCCGCUUGAAGAAAGGGGCCGCCGGCGAGUGCAAUUCGAGAUCGAACACAUUGGGCAUGAUGGAGAGCUCAGGGUCAUGGGCAUUGCCGUCCACGAAGCAAAGGCUAUGGAGACAGUCCCUGGGUGUAUUCAAGAAGUCGAGGAUCGAGCUUUCGAUGUUUGCAAGAGGCGCUUGGCGGAACACCCGAAGGUGGCGCGCGUGUAUGCGUGGACGUCAUUCGGGACAACGGGAAGGAUUUGGUAUGUCGAGCGUCAGAGCCAGUACCUCGUGCCAAUGUUCGGCUCUGAGAGCUUUGCCGACAAGAGUGAGUACGUCGAGUUGAAUUCCGCGGACGCUGUUCUGAUUAGCCGAGCUGCUGCGGAGAUGAAGGCUGUGCCACCAGACGUUUAG